GCAGCUCCGGCGGAGAGAAGGUGGGACUUGCUCUCCUGCCCCAGGGGGUCGGGACUCCGCUCGCCAGGAACAGAGACCUGCUGAGCCGGGAAGAUGCGUGAGUACACGGAGAAGAAGGAGACGUGCGGCACUAUCUGCCUCAAAUACCUGCUCUUCAUCUUUAACUUCUUCUUCUGGCUGGCAGGUGGGGCGGUGAUGGCGGUGGGUAUCUGGACUCUGGCCGAGAAGAGUGACUACAUCAGUCUCCUGUCCUCCAACACGUACAUGGCGACUGCCUACAUCCUGGUGGUGGCGGGGAUCGUCGUCAUGAUUACCGGGAUCCUCGGGUGCUGCGCCACCUUCAAAGAGCGGCGGAACCUGCUGAGAGUGUACUUCAUAUUGCUGCUGUGCAUUUUCCUGCUUGAGAUCAUUGCUGGAAUCCUGGCCUAUAUCUACUACCAACAGCUGAGUAUGGAGCUGAAGCAAAACCUGAAGGACACCAUGACCCAGAAGUAUAGGAAGGAGGGAGAGGAGGGCGUGACCAGCGCGGUGGACAAACUGCAGCAGGAGUUCAAGUGCUGCGGCAGCAAUAAUGCUACAGACUGGAGUGAGAGCAUCUGGAUCAAAUCCACGGAGGCCGGAGGGCGGAAAUUCCCAGACAGCUGUUGUAAGACGAUAACAGAAGCGUGUGGCCGGAGAGACCAUCCUUCCAACAUCUACAAGGAGGGUGGCUGCAUCACUAAGCUGGAAAACUUCAUCCAGGAACACCUGAAAAUUAUUGGAGCGGUGGGGAUUGGCAUUGCUUGUGUUCAGAUCUUUGGAAUGAUCUUCACCUGCUGCUUGUACAAGAGUUUAAAGUCAGAACCAUAUUAGGAGCACCAGGAAAUCCAUCAGCUCCCCCUCUACCACCACCCUCAAUGUCUGUCAACCCCACCAGCUUCUACCCAGCAGCAAAGAAACAUCAGUAACUCGAGGACUUGCCUUCCUUAUGAAGUGACUCUUGGAUCAUCCAGCACCUACCCUGCCUCUGCCAGAGAAGGCCACCCUCCUUGAGGUGGCACAGGACGGCCAGGAGUUCAGGGGGUUCCCUGUGUGUUCU